GUAAAAGCGCCGUAAGCCCGCGCUUCCAGCUCAAACCCGUCGCCGUGCCGAGAGAGUGGUGUCUGCUGCCCGCCAACAACACGAAGACUCGUCUGUCCUCCUCCACCCUGACGGAGUAACGCGCAUAACAGCAUCUCUUCCGCUCCACCCGCUUCCAUCUCCACAGCAGCCAUGUUCGAGGCUCGCCUGGUCCAGGGCUCCAUCCUGAAGAAGGUGCUGGAGGCGCUGAAGGACCUGAUCACGGAAGCCUGCUGGGACGUCAGCUCGUCCGGCAUCUCCCUGCAGAGCAUGGACUCCUCUCACGUCUCUCUGGUGCAGCUCACCUUGCGGCACGACGGCUUCGACUCGUACCGCUGCGACAGGAACCUCGCCAUGGGAGUCAACCUGAGCAGUAUGUCCAAAAUCCUGAAGUGUGCAGGAAACGAAGACAUCAUCACCCUCCGAGCAGAAGACAAUGCGGACACGCUCGCCCUGGUGUUUGAGACACUCAACCAGGAGAAAGUGUCAGAUUACGAGAUGAAGUUGAUGGACCUGGAUGUGGAGCAGCUCGGUAUCCCAGAGCAGGAGUACAGCUGCGUGGUGAAGAUGCCCUCCGGGGAGUUUGCCCGUAUCUGCCGUGACCUGUCCCAGAUUGGCGACGCCGUCAUGAUCUCCUGCGCCAAGGACGGAGUCAAGUUCUCCGCCUCCGGAGAGCUCGGCACCGGAAACGUCAAGCUGUCCCAGACCAGCAACGUGGACAAAGAGGACGAGGCGGUCACCAUUGAGAUGAACGAGCCCGUCCAGCUGAUCUUUGCCCUCAACUACUUGAACUUCUUCACCAAGGCGACGCCGCUGUCCAAGACGGUGACCCUCAGCAUGUCGGCCGACAUCCCCCUCGUGGUGGAGUACAAGAUCGCUGAUAUGGGACACGUGAAAUACUACCUGGCACCCAAGAUCGACGAAGAAGCAUCUUAGGUGGUUGGUCGGCGUCUCGAUGCGGGAGGAAAGCAGGCGGCUGGGACUGCGGCGGCCUCACGGUGGCCGGCGACCAAUCGGUUUCUCAUUUCCCGUCGAAGAUUCCCAGCAGGAGGUUUUACAUACUGUCAACCAGACGACAAAUGCCGUCUUUAUGGCGAAGCCUCGGCCCUCGGACUCUUUCCUGUUCGACGCGACGUGGCUGUGAGGCUCCGGCUGCCCCGAUGUCAAUUCCUGCUCUCUCUGUUUUGGGAAAGCUAAAGUCAACGGUCCCAUUGUGUUUUGUAGAUAACAUAUUUGUAAAUACUUCCUGUGGUUUCGCACUCUCAGCCAACCCCGAAUGUUUUUGUAUUCAUUGAUUCAGUCCAAAAUAAACGAUUCCACUUGUUUCCACAA